AUGGCUGUCUCCUCACCACCUGCAGAUAUGGACGAGGACGUCAUGUGCCCUAUUUGCAUGGAGUUUCUGGAAGACCCAGUGUCUGUGGACUGCGGCCACAACUUCUGUCUGAGCUGUAUCUCUGACUUCUGUGAGAAAUGGGAAGAAUAUGGACUCCUGAAGUGUCCCAUCUGCAGAGCCCACAUCCAGAAAGAGAAUUUCCAGCCAAACUGGCCGCUGGUGAAUAUAGUCACACAACUCAAAUUCCUAUCGCUAAAGGAGAAGCUGUGCGAAAAACAUCAGGAAAGACUCCAGCUGUUCUGCAAAACAGAUGAACUAUUAGUAUGCCAGAUGUGUGAGCGUUCUCCAGAACACAAACAGCACUCUGUGGUUCUCUUAGAAGAGGCUGCCGAGGAAUACAAGGAAAAAAUCAAGGCCCAGAUGAAGUCUCUUGAGAAUGAGAAAGAAACUCUUGUACCUCAGAAACUGGCAGAAGAGAUAGCAAGUCAAAAGACUCUGGCACAAAUAGAAGCAGAGAAAGGAAAGAUCAAGUCUGCUUUCGAACGAAUGCACAGCUUCCUUAAAGAAAAAGAGGACUUCUGGUUGACCCAGCUGGGAGAUCUACAGAAAGAGAUCAAGAAGAAGCUGAAAGAUAACAUCACCAGGAUUUCUCAGAGGAUUACCAGUAUUAGCUACUUGACCAAAGAGAUGGAAGAAAAAUGCCAGCAGCCAGAAAGUGAAUUCCUGCAGAAUAUCAAAAGUACCAUGGGGAGGUAUGAAAAGAAACCCAUGGUGCUUGCAGUAGACCAUAUUCCUGGACUGGAAGACAGACUCCAACUUUGCUUUGAGAAAAAUUCUGUUCUGGAAGACACUAUGGGAAAAUUCACAGAAUCUCUGGAGCAAGCCCUAAACAGAGGGUCUCUGAAGAUGUGGAAUAAAGGAUCUGUAUACAAAGGUUACUUUGAAGGACUGAAUGAGGAUGGAUCUCUUGAGGUGAAAGUGAUUCUGGAUCCAAGCACAGCCCAUCCCUCCCUCUUCUUGUCUGAUGAUCUCAAGAGUGUGAUAUGGGAAGACAAAUAUCAGCCUCUGCCCAAUGGCCCAGAGAGAUCUGAGUUUAUGCCAUGUGUGCUGGGCUGUGAGAAAUUCUCCUCAGGAAAACACUGGUGGGAAGUGGAAGUGGAGGAGGAAGAGGAGAGGGCAAUGUGGGCCCUGGGGGUCGCCAAAGAAUCCGUGGCAUGGAAGAAAGAGAUCCGUGUUAGUGUUGAUGAUGGAAUCUUCGCUGCCGGGAAAACAUCUAUACUUGUACCUUGUCAACUUGGUGCCUUUACUUCCCCCAAGACAACCCCUCUGAUCUUGAGACAUCCUCUCAGGAAGAUCCGGGUAUCUUUGGACUAUGAAGAGGGCCAUGUGGGAUUUUAUGAUGCGGAAACCAAUGACUGGAUUUUCACUUUCCAUUCAGCCUCCUUCGCUAGGGAGAGGAUUUGCCCCUAUUUCGGGGUGGGGAGAGGAGUCAGGCUGAAGUGCUGAAUCAGAAACACUUUAUCACUAUCCUGAAGUCAAAAGGGGCUACAGUCCUAAAGCUUUUCAAGCAGGAUUUUUGAUUCCCUGUCACAGAAUCCUCCAUUGACGGGGCAAGAGUG